CUCAAGAUGGCGGCGCGACCGCGGCGCGGCCCCUCGGAGGCGGGGCCUGCGCAUGCGCAGCGCGGAGUGCCGGCCCGGGACACAAGAUGGCGGCAGCGGCGCUGGGGAGGGCGAGGCGGAGGCGGCCAAACGGGCAGGCGAACGCGACGCGGAGCCGCAUCCUCUCGAGUCCGCUGCGGGCAGCUACUGAUGCAAGGAUUUCCCUGGGCCCCUGUCCACUCCACUGCUGACCAGCUCACCCACCUGUGCUGCGCCUAUCCACAGGCUCCCUUGUGCUUCUGAGGGACCCUGUGACGUGGGGGGUCCAGCCGACUGGAGAAGAAAACCCUCUCAUGCUUGUGUUGCAGACCCAAGAGGGUGAGAAAAGAGGGACCUCGUUCUGCCUUGAAACCUAUGGGCUCAGCCCCCAAGGCACUGAGAACCCCACCUCCCUAGAGAAUCAAGGCAACUAACUACAGCUUUUUCUCUCCUGGGCCAUUGGUUCCAAAUCUUUUUGUUACCAUGGCCCCUUCUCUGUUGUAAUAUGUUCUCUUGCUCCUUGCAUUUUUCUCUGUGAGAUUGUACCAAUGAAGUAACCAUUCAUUCUUCCCUUUCCAAAUUAACAAAGAUUUAUGAUUGAAUGUACAAUAAAAUCUAUGUCCCAUGAUUCCAAUGAUGUUGUCAACAACCAAUCAGAGCUUCUGAUCAGCAUGAGAUAAUCAAUGUGACCACAAUGAGUUGAUAAAAUUUCAGCAAGCAAAGAUAACCGAUGUUUUAUCGCGCCUUUGUGGUCUUUUUGUCCCGUGUGGCUGCUGAGAUGGCCAAUGAGAAUCAUGGCAGCCCCCGGGAGGAGGCGUCCCUGCUGAGUCAUUCCCCAGGCACCUCCCAUCAGAGCCAACCCUGUUCUCCAAAGCCCACCCGCCUGGUGCAGGAUCUCCCAGAGGAGCUGGUGCAUGCGGGCUGGGAGAAGUGCUGGAGCAGGAGGGAGAACCGUCCCUACUAUUUCAACCGAUUUACCAACCAGUCCCUGUGGGAGAUGCCCGUGCUGGGCCAGCAUGACGUGAUUUCGGACCCUUUGGGGCUGAAUGCGACCCCACUGCCCCAAGAGUCAAGCUUGGUGGAGACCCCCCCGCCGACUGAGAACAAACCCCGCAAGCGGCAGCUCUCGGAAGAGCAGCCAAGUGGCAAUGGUGUGAAGAAGCCCAAGAUUGAAAUGCCUGUGACACCCACAGCCCCAUCAGUGCCCAGCUCCCCCAGCAUUCCGGGGACCCCGACACUGAAGAUCUGGGGAACGUCUCCUGAGGACAAACAGCAGGCAGCCCUCCUCCGGCCCACUGAAGUGUACUGGGACCUGGACAUCCAGACCAAUGCUGUCAUCAAGCACCGGGGCCCUUCAGAGGCACUGCCCCCUCAUCCUGAUGUGGAGCUGCUCCGCUCCCAUCUCAUCCUGAAGCUUCGGCAGCACUACCGGGAGCUGUGCCAGCAGCGAGAGGGCAUUGAACCCCCUCGGGAAUCAUUUAACCGCUGGAUGCUGGAGCGCAAAGUUGUGGACAAAGGCACUGACCCCCUGUUGCCAAGCGACUGCGAUCCAGUUGUGUCGCCAUCCAUGUUUCGCGAAAUCAUGAACGACAUUCCCAUCAGGUUAUCCCGAAUCAAGUUCCGGGAGGAAGCCAAGCGCCUGCUCUUUAAGUAUGCAGAGGCAGCCAGGAGACUCAUCGAGUCCAGGAGUGCAUCCCCUGACAGCCGGAAGGUGGUCAAGUGGAAUGUGGAAGACACCUUCAGCUGGCUUCGGAAGGACCACUCGGCCUCCAAAGAGGACUACAUGGACCGCCUGGAGCACCUGCGGAGGCAGUGUGGCCCGCACGUGUCAGCUGCUGCCAAGGACUCCGUAGAAGGCAUCUGCAGUAAGAUCUACCACAUCUCCCUGGAGUACGUCAAACGCAUCCGAGAGAAGCACUUGGCCAUCCUCAAGGAAAACAACAUCUCAGAGGAGGUGGAGGCUCCCGAGGUGGACCCCCGUCUGGUGUACUGCUAUCCUGUCCGGCUGGCUGUGUCUGCACCCCCAAUGCCCAAUGUGGAGAUGCACAUGGAAAACAAUGUUGUCUGCAUCCGGUAUAAGGGCGAGAUGGUCAAGGUCAGCCGAAACUACUUCAGCAAGUUGUGGCUCCUUUACCGCUAUAGCUGCAUUGAUGACUCUGCCUUCGAGAGGUUCCUACCACGAGUCUGGUGUCUUCUCCGGAGGUACCAGAUGAUGUUUGGCGUGGGCCUCUAUGAGGGGACAGGCCUGCAGGGCUCGCUGCCUGUGCACAUCUUCGAGACCCUCCACCGGCUCUUCGGGGUCAGCUUUGAGUGCUUCGCCUCACCCCUCAACUGCUACUUCCGCCAGUACUGCUCUGCCUUCCCUGAUACUGAUGGCUACUUUGGCUCGAGAGGGCCUUGCCUGGACUUCUCCCCGCUGAGUGGCUCCUUUGAGGCCAACCCUCCCUUCUGCGAGGAGCUCAUGGAUGCCAUGGUGUCUCACUUUGAGAGACUGCUCGAGAGCUCGUUGGAGCCCUUGUCCUUCAUUGUGUUCAUCCCUGAAUGGCGGGAGCCUCCCACACUGGCGCUCACCCGCAUGGAGCAGAGCCGCUUUAAACGCCACCAGUUGAUCCUGCCCGCCUUUGAGCAUGAGUACCGCAGUGGCUCCCAGCACAUCUGCAAGAAAGAGGAGAUGCACUACAAGGCUGUCCACGGCACGGCGGUGAUCUUCCUGCAGAAUGAACCGGGCUUUGCCAAAUGGGGGCCGACACCUGAGAGGCUACAGGAGUUGACCACCGCCUACAGGCAGUCAGGCCGCAACCAUAGCUCCAGUUCCUCAUCUUCCUCCUCCUCCUCCUCCUCAGAGGCCAAGGACCGGGACUCAGGCCGAGAACAGGGCCCGAGCCGUGAACCUCAUCCAACCUAGCAUAGCCUGCAGGGAGGAGGAGCAGCAGGAUGCUAAUGUGGACUGUUGGGGACUCAGGGUCCUGCCCUGGGCUGGCAGCAAGACAGGGCUGCCAAUGACAUAGGAAGACGAUGGUUCUGCCCGAACUCCCCUCCCUGCCCCAGUCUCCAACUCCCACCUCAGACUCACUCCAAGAUCCUUGUAAAUAGACCCC